UUGUUCAUUAAACUAUUCACGUUUCAACAAAAAUAUCGUCUUUAUUAAUUAUUAAAAAUAAUCGCGGAAUAAUCUGUCGACUGGAUUCUUCACGUUCCGUCGACGUUCUAGGAAAUGACUUUACAAAAAAUGUUAAGGUUCCCMACGAACCAAUUGUCUGGAUGUGCUGCUCUGUUACCACAAGUCAACAGUGUCCGAGGCAUUAAGAAUUUUAAGCCUCCAAUUCUAUAUGAACAUAUUCAGAUGCCAGAAAGGCCUAAGCUCCAUUACAUUGAUAGGGUACCAAAUUAUAGUAAUUCACAAAUAAGACCUCCAAAAAUGCAUAAAAUGUUGGAUUUAAUGAGGGGGCCUGAAACAGUUCAUAACAAACUUAUACAUAAACAGUAUGGUAUACAGGCAACUGGUGGAGGCCGAAUGAGGUUUAUACACUUUGAAGUUAUUCGUAUGGGCUUACUGAGAAAAUUAGAUUGGUCCAGAAUGUUUGCUAUUUGGAGAAUUGAUUCACCGUGGCAAGCUGUCACUAAAAAGGGCCAAGGGCAGAGAAUGGGUGGUGGUAAAGGUAGCAUAGAUCAUUAUAUAACUCCGAUUAGAACAGGCAGAAUUAUUAUUGAAAUUGCUGGUCAUUGUGAAUACUUAGAGGUGAAAGAUAUUUUAAGUAAAAUAUCUGCCAAACUUCCAUUUAAAGCCAAAGCUGUUAGCCAAGAAACUUUAGAAUGGGACGCAGCGAAAGAAAAGUGGCAGACUGAAAAUAAUCAGAAUAAAUAUACGAUGGAAUAUUUAAUUAAAAAUAACAUGGAUGAUUUACAACGAAAAGUUAAGAAAAUUGAUCAUUUAUAUUUUGGAAAAUAUGUAUAAGAUGCAAUGUGUUAAUAAGUCUAAAAUUUAGACUUUAGAUAGUUGAAACCUAUAUGUAUAAUUUUGAUUUGUAUAAAAUAUAAUAAUUUGUAUUACAAUUGAACA